AUGGCGCCGAAAGCACCCAAGUUUGAGAUUAAAACCCCCAAGGGCACCCGAGACUGGUCCGGCCCGGACAUGGUUCUUAGGGAAAAGAUCUUCAAGACCAUCACCGAUGUCUUCAAGCGCCACGGUGGCAUCACCAUCGACACACCUGUGUUCGAACUGAAGGGCAAAUAUGGCGAGGACAGCAAACUUAUCUACGAUCUGGCAGACCAGGGUGGUGAGCUCUGCAGCUUGCGAUAUGACUUGACCGUCCCUUUCGCCCGGUACUUGGCGAUGAACAAGGACGUUACCCAGAUCAAGCGUUACCACAUUGCGAAAGUCUACCGCAGAGAUCAGCCGGCAGUGAAGAAGGGCCGCAUGAGGGAAUUCGGUGUGUACGAUGCGAUGAUUCCAGAUGCCGAGAUUAUCAGGAUCAUCAAUGAAGUCUUUGAGGGCCUUGGUUGGCAAGGGAAAUACACCAUCAAGCUCAACUCCCGGAAGAUCCUUGACGGCCUCUUCCAGGUUUGCGGCGUGCCCGACAACCUUAUCCGUCCCAUCUCUUCCGCCGUGGACAAGCUAGACAAGAUGCCCUGGGCCGAUGUCAAGAAAGAGAUGGUUGACGAGAAGGGGUUAGCACCGGAGGUCGCCGACAAGAUCGGGAAAUAUGUGGUGCUCAAGGGGCAGCGAGACCUUAUCGAGAAACUAAAGCAAGAUGAAGAUCUGGCGGCAAAUCCGUCGAUGCAGCAGGGCUUCGCAGACAUGGACUUGCUCUUUACCUACCUUGAAGCGUUCAGCGCCGCGCACAGCGUGUCCUUUGAUCUGUCUUUGGCGAGAGGUCUCGAUUACUAUACUGGUGUCAUCUACGAGGUCGUAACAGAAGGCUCUGCGCCUACGGCCCCGGCUUCAGGAGACGCCAAGGACAAGCCGUCCAAGAAGAAGGGUGGCAAACCCGGUGAUCCCGAUGAGGACCGUUCCGACGACCCGACCCUCGGGAUAGGAUCUAUUGCUGCUGGUGGCAGAUACGAUAACCUCGUGGGCAUGUUCUCUGGAAAGACGCAGGUGCCGUGUGUUGGCAUCAGCUUCGGUAUCGAUCGCAUCUUUUCCAUCACCCAGGCCUCCCAAAAGAAGAAGGAGAGGCGGAACGAGGUCGAUGUCUUCGUCAUGGCGUUUGGCGGUGGCAAGGACUUCAGCGGCCUGCUCACGGAGCGGAGUCAAAUCUGUGCCCGUUUGUGGGAUGCGGGGAUCAAGGCCGAAUUCCUCUACAAGGUGAAGCCUAAACUCCAAAACCAGUUCAAGGCCGCGGAAACAGGCGGUGUGCCGUUUGCCCUCAUCCUGGGCGAGGACGAACUCGCGCAAGGGAAGGCGAAGCUCAAGGAAAUGGGUCUCCCUGAGGACCACCCGUUAAAGGAGGGGGAGCUAAUCAGCCUCGACAACCUCAUUGAGGAAGUACAAACACGGCUCACGCGGAAGCAGGAGCUCGAUAGCAUCGUCCAGCAAGCCGAGGGUCUGAAGGUCGUUGAUGGGGUCAAGGGCGAGGAGGUCAAAGCUGCUGCAGAGACGGCUCAGACUGCGCAGUAG